AUGAUGACAGCGAAAAGGCCCUCCACUCUCAAUGCACGGCUCCUCAUUCUCCUCUGCGGCAUCCUUUUCAUCAACGCAGCGGGGGCAACAACAGCGACUCUCACCGAGUCCCCGGCCUAUGCGUCGCAACAACCCUGCGCAAAAAGCUGCUUCUACUGGGGCGCGUCCUCUAACGGCGGGGCCGAUUUCCUCGCGGACCGGAUUGGCUGCGCAGUCGAUCCCAUCGAGAACGAAUGCAUAUGUCGCUCGGAUCUGCAGCAAUCCGCCGACUCGUUCCUGCUCAAAUGCGUGAGGGAGAACUGUGACGCGAAUGCCUUGGAUGUUUCCAGCGCGGGCGACGUCCGCCGCGCAGACGAGCAGGAUGACUUCAUCGGUACGCGCAUCGCCCCUGCGACCGUCACGGUGACUGUCGUGCAAACGGUCCUCUCGUCUGGCGGAGGGCGUCUGCGGCCGGCGGUCCUUGGGCAGGCUGCAAGACUUGGGAAAAUCCUGCUGUGA